ACGGGCGACGCCGCCGCGGCCCGGCCGGGAGAGAUGAGCGCUGACGCCGGCGAGGGCAUCACUUUCUCCGUGCCGCCCUUCGCCGCCUCGGGCUUCGGCUCCUUCCCUGAGGGCGGCAGCUACCGGAGGGGAGCCGCGGCGGUGGCCGAGGGCGAGGAGAAGCCGCUGCCGCCGCCGCCGCCGGCGGGCAGCUUCUGGAACGUGGAGAGCGCCGGCGCCCCGGGCAGCGCCGCGUGUCCCGCGGCCGCCCCCGGGAGCGGCGCCUCGCGGUGCCGCGGCAGCUCCGGGAGCGUGGCCGGCCGGCGGACCACGGUGGCGUACGUGAUCAACGAAGCGAGCCAGGGGCAGCUGGUGGUGGCGGAGAGCGAGGCCCUGCAGAGCCUGCGGGAGGCGUGCGAGGCGGUGGGCGCCACCCUGGAGACGCUGCAUUUUGGCAAACUGGACUUCGGGGAGACGGCGGUGCUGGACCGGUUUUACAAUGCAGACAUUGCUGUGGUGGAGAUGAGCGAUGCCUUCCGGCAGCCCUCCUUGUUCUACCACCUUGGGGUGAGAGAGAGCUUCAGCAUGGCCAACAACAUCAUCCUAUACUGUGACAGCAACGCAGACUCUCUGCAGUCACUCAAGGAAAUUAUUUGCCAGAAGAAUACUAUGUGCACUGGGAACUACACCUUUGUCCCGUACAUGGUGACACCACACAACAAGGUCUACUGCUGUGACAGCAGCCUCAUGAAGGGCUUGACUGAGCUCAUGCAACCCAACUUGGAGCUGCUUCUCGGACCCAUCUGCUUACCUCUCGUGGAUCGUUUCAUUCGACUUUUGAAGGUGGCACAGGCAAGUUCCAGCCAAUAUUUCCGUGAAUCUAUACUCAGCGAUAUCAGGAAGGCUCGAAAUUUAUACACUGGUAAAGAAUUGGCAGCUGAAUUGGCAAGAAUUCGGCAACGAGUAGAUAAUAUUGAAGUCUUGACAGCAGAUAUUGUGAUCAACCUGUUACUUUCCUACAGAGAUAUCCAGGAUUAUGAUUCUAUUGUGCAGCUGGUGGAGACUUUGGAAAAACUGCCAACCUUUGAUUUGGCCUCUCAUCACCAUGUGAAGUUUCACUAUGCAUUUGCACUGAAUAGGAGAAAUCUCCCUGGAGAUAGAGCCAAAGCUCUUGAUAUUAUGAUUCCCAUGGUGCAAAGUGAAGGGCAGGUUGCUUCAGAUAUGUAUUGCCUAGUUGGUCGAAUCUAUAAGGAUAUGUUCUUGGACUCUAAUUUCACAGAUACUGACAGUAGAGACCGAGGAGCUUCUUGGUUCAAAAAGGCAUUUGAGUCUGAGCCAACACUGCAGUCGGGAAUUAAUUAUGCUGUCCUCCUCCUGGCAGCCGGUCACCAGUUUGAAUCUUCCUUUGAGCUUCGGAAAGUUGGGGUGAAGAUAAGUAGCCUUCUCGGUAAAAAAGGAAACUUAGAAAAUCUUCAGAGCUACUGGGAAGUUGGAUUUUUUCUAGGGGCCAGUGUCCUGGCCAACGACCACAUGCGAGUCAUUCAAGCAUCAGAAAAGCUUUUUAAACUGAAGACACCAGCAUGGUACCUCAAGUCUAUUGUAGAGACAAUUUUGAUAUAUAAGCAUUUUGUGAAACUGACCACGGAACAGCCUGUGGCCAAGCAAGAGCUCGUGGACUUUUGGAUGGAUUUCUUGGUGGAGGCCACAAAAACAGAUGUUACUGUCGUUAGGUUUCCAGUAUUAAUAUUAGAACCAACCAAAAUCUACCAGCCUUCUUAUUUGUCUAUCAACAAUGAAGUCGAAGAAAAAACAAUAUCUAUCUGGCAUGUACUUCCUGAUGACAAGAAAGGCAUUCAUGAGUGGAACUUCAGUGCUGCUUCUGUCAGGGGAGUGAGUAUUUCUAAAUUUGAGGAACGAUGCUGCUUUCUGUAUGUGCUUCACAAUUCUGAUGAUUUCCAAAUCUAUUUCUGCACAGAGCUUCACUGUAAAAAGUUUUUUGAAAUGGUGAACACCAUCACUGAGGAGAAGGGGAGAGGCGCAGAGGAAGGGGACUGUGAAGGUGACUCUCUGGAGUAUGACUACGAAUAUGAUGAAAAUGGUGACAGAGUUGUUUUGGGCAAAGGCACCUAUGGAAUCGUUUAUGCAGGUCGAGACCUGAGCAACCAAGUCAGAAUUGCUAUUAAGGAAAUCCCAGAGAGAGAUAGCAGAUACUCUCAGCCCCUACAUGAAGAAAUUGCAUUGCAUAAGCACCUGAAGCACAAAAAUAUUGUCCAGUAUCUGGGCUCUUUCAGUGAAAAUGGUUUUAUUAAAAUCUUCAUGGAGCAGGUCCCAGGAGGAAGUCUUUCUGCUCUCCUUCGUUCCAAAUGGGGCCCCCUAAAAGACAAUGAGCAAACAAUUGGCUUUUAUACAAAGCAAAUACUAGAAGGAUUAAAAUACCUGCAUGACAAUCAGAUAGUACAUCGGGAUAUAAAGGGUGACAACGUGUUGAUUAACACCUAUAGUGGGGUGCUCAAGAUCUCUGACUUCGGGACAUCAAAGAGGCUUGCUGGCAUUAACCCGUGCACUGAAACUUUCACUGACCCAGAGACAACAAGCAGGAAUGGUACCCUUCAGUACAUGGCACCAGAAAUCAUAGACAAGGGACCGCGUGGCUACGGGAAGGCUGCAGACAUCUGGUCUGUGGGCUGCACGAUCAUCGAGAUGGCCACCGGAAAGCCCCCGUUUUAUGAGCUGGGAGAACCACAAGCAGCUAUGUUCAAGGUGGGAAUGUUUAAAGUCCACCCUGAGAUCCCGGAGUCCAUGUCUGCAGAGGCGAAGGCGUUCAUCCUGAAAUGUUUUGAACCAGACCCUGACAAGAGAGCCUGUGCUAAUGACUUGCUUAUUGAUGAGUUCUUAAAAGUUUCAAGCAAAAAGAAAAAGACACAACCUAAGCUUUCAGCUCUUUCAGCUGGAUCAAAUGAGUAUCUCAGGAGCAUCUCCUUGCCGGUGCCCGUCCUGGUGGAGGACACAAGCAGCAGCAGCGAGUACGGCUCCGUUUCCCCCGACACUGAGCUAAAGGUGGACCCCUUCUCCUUCAAAACCAGAGCCAAAUCCUGCGGCGAGAAAGACGUCAAAGGAAUACGGACCCUCUUCCUGGGCAUUCCAGAUGAGAACUUCGAGGACCACAGCGCACCCCCUUCCCCUGAGGAGAAGGACUCUGGGUUCUUCCUGCUGCGGAAGGACAGCGAGCGCCGUGCCACGCUGCACAGGAUCCUGACUGAAGACCAAGACAAAAUUGUGAGAAACCUGAUGGAAUCUCUAGCUCAGGGGGCUGAAGAACCUAAACUAAAAUGGGAGCACAUCACAACACUCAUCGCAAGCCUCAGAGAAUUUGUGAGAUCCACCGACCGAAAAAUUAUAGCCACUACACUGUCUAAGCUGAAAUUAGAGCUGGACUUCGACAGCCAUGGCAUCAGCCAAGUCCAGGUGGUACUCUUUGGCUUCCAGGAUGCUGUCAAUAAAGUUCUUCGGAAUCAUAAUAUCAAGCCACACUGGAUGUUCGCCUUGGACAGUAUCAUCCGAAAGGCAGUGCAGACAGCUAUUACCAUUCUUGUUCCAGUGCGGAGGUUAGGAGAGACCAAAAAUUACGAGUCACAGACUGGAAGACACUAAGGAGAUAUGACAGGUGACUGUACUGCGGGACCCUUGAUCGGAGAAGUACACCAGAAGGAAGAUGAAGAAAGUCAAGGAGGAGCUAUUGAUAGUGGCAUUGUAUCAACGCUGUUAUUGUGGUUUGCAUAAUCAGUGCUCAUUUCCUGGUUUUGAUAAUAGUGCCAAAGGUAUAUAAGAUGUUAAGGUUAGGGCAAGCUGCUAAAAGGUAUACAGAAACUCUGCUAUUUUUGUAACUUUUCUAUUAGAAAAUUAUUUCAACAUAAAAAGUGGGGGGUAAAAGUGUUCAAUUUUCUUUCUCCCUGAAGAAACACACAGAACAGAGAGUACAUUGCAAGAAGCUUAACAGUUUUUUUUUUUUUUUCUUCCUGUUUUCUCACUUGUCAUCAAGAGUCAGUCUUUGGAUUACUGGCAACAUUAAGGCUCUGUUUCACUUCUCCAGUACAGUCUGGCUGAGGGUACCAGAUGGAGCAGUGCUGUCAUAGAGACCAUGAUGGCAGUGCUAAGGCAGAGGGAAUCGCUAAUGUAGUUAAUUUGCUGUAUUAACGAUAGUUUUCAAAAGCUGUUUAAAGCGCGCAAUACUACCGCCAGUUGUUAAAUUAAAUCAAGCACGUGCCCUGUGUCCACAGUAUAAAAUGGUGAGCACUGUAUACCAUAUGAGAAGUUUAAUGUGGGUCUGACAUGCUGCACUCACAAGUGUGUGGGCUUCCUUGGCAUCAGAAAGACCCUGUGUUAAAGAAGCCUGGUCUAGUUAUUUUCCUCUUGGAAGAAGCUGCAUGAGGGUGGAUUCAUUUUGUUAUUUCUUCCCAUUGUGCUGCUUUGGAAAUAGGCACCAGCACCAGUGCCCUGAGUUCUAGUCUUGCUCCUGAAGUGUGGCUCUCUCCUGACACCUACUCUGCUUUGCAUUCUUCCCAGGAGGCUUUGGGCCACCUUCUUUCUCUCCCUAGUUCCCUGCCAAGCCAAGGCCUUCCCCACCUCCAGAGCCCCAUAUCAGCCCUUCAGCCUCUGUCAGUGAUUAAACACCACUGGACUUAGUCAUCGCAGGUGUGCUUUUUUACCUCUCAGCACUCAUAAUGCAUGGAUAUAUCAGGGUUCUUUAAACUAACAGAAACAAAGGGAUAUAUAUAGAGAGAGAAACAAGAGGAGGUUUAUCACUGGAAUUGGCUCAGGGGAUUAUGGAGGACGAGAAGCCCCACAAUACGCUGACUGCAAACUGGAGACCAAGACAUCUAGCUGGUGAUACAGUUAAUGCAAGUCUGCAGGGUUGAGAAUCAGGGCAGCUCAUGGUGUGACUCUCAGUAUGAGCCCCAGUGCCUGAGAAUCAGGAGCUGGACAUCCACAAGAAAGAAAGCAUGGAUGGGCCGGCUCCGUGGCUCACUAGGCUAAUCCUCCGCUUGCGGCGCCAGCACCCUGGGUUCUAGUCCUGGUUGCUCCUCUUCCAGUCCAGCUCUCUGCUGUGGCCAGGGAGUGCAGUGGAGGAUGGCCCAAGUGCUUGGGCCCUGCACCCCAUGGGAGGCCAGGAGAAGCACCUGGCUCCUGCCAUCGGAUCAGCGCGGUGCGCCGGUCACAGCGCGCCGGCCGCGGCGGCCAUUGGAGGGUGAACCAACGGCAAAAAGGAAGACCUUUCUCUCUCUCUCUCUCACUGUCCGCUCUGCCUGUCAAA